AUGACGGCUAAAUUAGAGAAUCAACGGCCAAAAGUUGUUGGAAGUGAUAAAGUUGAAGCUCCCUAUCCAAUUCGUUUUGAAGGGAAGGUUGUUCGUGGAUUUGGCAGAGGAUCCAAAGAUCUAGGGAUCCCUACUGCAAACGUAUCCGAAGAUUCAAUUCAAGAGCUCUUAAAACAUAAAGAUUCAGGUGUCUACUAUGGAUUCGCUAAGAUAUCCCAACAGAUCUUCCCAAUGGUUAUGAGUGUUGGAUGGAACCCAUACUACAACAACACCUUAAGGAGUGCAGAGGUUCAUCUAAUAAACAGAAAAGGGUCGGAUUUCUACGAUCAACAGAUCCGAGUGAUUGUUUUGGGAUAUAUCCGUCCCGAGCUGAAUUAUGAAGGGGUACAAAAAUUAAUUGAAGAUAUCCAAAUAGACAUUCAAGUGGCAUUAAACAGUCUUGAGCGUCCUAAUUAUGCUCACUAUAAAGAGGAUGGCUUUUUUAAGAGCUGA